ACAGUACGUUUUGAAACAAUAAAAAAAAGAGAUAUAGGCAAUGAUUUUGCUUUUGGAGACAGCUGGCCUGACAGAUUGUCCAGUUCAACCCUGCAACUCAAUCUAAAAACCACGUGCUUAUACUUCUCAUUCCAAUUUCUACACUUUGUAAUCACAUGUGAAUGUGUAGACGUGUUUUUAAUCAUUCAGUUUUCUAAUAAGUGUUUGAUUUCGCUCAUAAUUAAUUUCGUCCAUGAUGCACAAAUGACUCGACAAGAGCACGUGGUUUCCAGUGCUAAUUCCAGGAAGAGCAGCGGCGCCCCCUGCAGGAUUCGUGGCAGAAAUGCGACGUUCUAGAAGCUACCAAAGAUGCAAGGAGUCCAGCAGCCUCCACGAUCGAAAAGCCCCUCCUUCUAAUCACAAUGGAUGACAUCCCAAAGCCAAACUGCUGCCGAUCUCAGUAAACCAGUAGACAAGAGGAUAUACAAAGGCACGCAGCCGACAUGCCACGACUUCAACCCCCUUACAGCGACAGCAGAGAGCGUCUCCCUGUUGGUGGGCUUCUCAGCCGGUCAGGUUCAGCUCAUCGACCCGAUCAAGAAGGAAACCAGCAAACUCUUCAAUGAGGAGAGACUCAUCGACAAGUCGAGAGUAACGUGCGUACGAUGGGUUCCUGGUUCAGAGAGCCUAUUCCUGGUGGCUCACUCCAGCGGCAGCAUGUACCUGUACAACGUGGAAAACACCUGUGGCACCACCGCCCCUCACUACCAGCUCCUCAAGCAGGGGGACAACUAUGCCGUACACACUUGCAAGAGCAAGUCGGCCCGUAACCCCCUGCUGCGCUGGACGGUCGGCGAAGGGGCGCUGAAUGAGUUUGCCUUUUCUCCGGAUGGCAAGUUUCUGGCUUGUGCGAGCCAGGAUGGCUUCCUCCGAGUGUUUGGCUUCGACGCCGCAGAGCUCCACGGAACAAUGAAGAGCUACUUCGGUGGCUUGCUGUGUGUGUGCUGGAGCCCCGACGGGCGGUAUAUCGUGGCGGGAGGGGAGGAUGACCUGGUGACCGUGUGGUCGUUCUCGGACUGCAGAGUGAUCGCGCGGGGCCAAGGUCACAAGUCGUGGGUGAGUGUGGUGGCAUUUGACCACUGCACCACUAGCGUCGAGGACGGUGAGCUGCCUGCCGAGUUCAGCGGGAGUGAUGAGGACUUUCACGAGCAGAUUCACAUCGGGGCAGGCAGAGAGAGGGCCAACAGCUCCCACUCUAGGCUUUCUAAGAGAAACUCUACGGAAAGCAGGCCGGUCAGCGUGACGUACAGAUUUGGCUCAGUGGGGCAGGAUACUCAGCUGUGUCUGUGGGAUCUUACAGAGGACAUCCUUUUCCCCCACCUCCCCUUGUCUCGCACAAGAACUCACACUAACGUGAUGAGUGCCACAAGCCCUACAGCCACUGGACAGACAGUUACCACUGUAUCCAUCACCUCCACCACCAAUUCCAGCGGCACCAAUAUUAAAGACAAUGUGAGCAAUAGUAGCGCCACUGGCAACCCGGCUAACUCCCUCCCCGACUCGCUGCCCCGCUCCAACAGCCUCCCUCAGGCCACCAACCCAGCCGGAGGCAGCACCCCAAACAGCCACACGGGGAGUAGCUGCAGCAGCAACAGCAGUAAGGGCAACAGCAUCAUCGACAGCUCCUUCAUCGCCAACAAGUUCGCAACGCUGUCUCUGCACGACUCGCGGAAGGAGCGCCACGAGAAGGACCACAAGCGAAACCACAGCAUGGGCCACAUCAGCAGCAAGAGUAGCGACAAGCUCAACCAGCUCAGCUCCUCGCGGACGGCGAAAGCCGAGGCAGCCAAGACUCUGGGCACGAUGCUGUGCCCGCGCAUGGAGGAGGUUCCCCUGUUGGAGCCGCUGGUGUGCAAGAAGAUUGCCCACGAGAGACUCACUGUGUUAAUCUUUCUGGAGGACUGUCUGGUUACAGCUUGUCAGGAGGGUUUCAUUUGCACAUGGGCAAGGCCUGGUAAAGUGGGAUUGUCUCAAAACAACCCAGCCAACUCUCCCAGUGGAACAGUAGUAUAGACACGUUGCCGGUGCUGCUGGCCGAUCCAUGCAACCGUGAUGUGGAUGUCCAAGCCCAGUGUGUGGCCCUUCUCACACUGUCGCACGGCUAUUGACCUUCUGUUUCUGUGUCAUAUUCAUUACUACUGCUACCCCAGAGUUGCCACCCCCCUCCUCUUGUUAAGGAAUCUGAUGUUGGUUGGGGUUCGAAGGGUUUUUAUUGAUAGUUAAAAAGUGUGUGACUGGAUCAUUGUUACAUCUUUGGUUAUAUCAAAUUGUCUAGUCUGAAACUAACAAACUCUAAUACCCAAUCUCUUGUGCCUAUAGAUGUUCAAAGACUAGACACAGUGACGUGAUGAUGCCUCAACCCAACCUUUACAUAUGGGUUUAGUUCGGUGACUUGUUUGUUUUGAUGUACCCCAAAAUAAAAGGGAAUAAGAUCACUUUGAGGCGGCUGCAGCAUAUCCCUGAAACUAUUUCUCGUUCUUCCCUUAGAAAUAUUAAAAUCCGAGGUAUCACACCGAGUGAGUUUUGCACACAUUUCCCUUCCUUUCGUACUCGUUCAAUAACAACCCCCUUGCCCACCGUUUUGAAUUUGUGACGGCAGAACGCAAGCGUAACUUUUCACAUCUCUUUUUGAAGCACUUGGAUGAAGAAAAAAAACAAACAAAAAAA